AUGGAAAAUUUAUACUUUCAAUUAAAUGAUUUACCUGAUGAAAUUCUGAUGAUUAUUUUAAAAAACAUGACCAAUGUUGAGGUACUCUUCUCUUUAAUGGAUGUUAAUAAACGAUUAAAUAAAAUUGUACAUGAUGAAACUUUUACAAAUUAUUUAACAUUCUUGGUAUGUUCGUCAGACAGUUCUGUUCAUCGAUAUUGUGAUUCAUUAAUUGAUCGAUUUUGUUUACAAAUUUUACCUUCGAUUCAUCAUAAAAUUCAAUGGCUUAAUCUUGAAGCAUCAUCUAUGAAGCGUAUUCUUUUCGCUACCGAUUAUCCAAAUUUAAGAGGGCUCGGUCUUUACAAUGUAGAUGAUGAAACAGUGAAAUAUGUCUUUAAUGUAUAUCGUUUUGACGAGUGUCUUUAUCUUCUUGAUGGUCGUUUCAAUCAAUUACACACAUUCUAUGUUAGUAUUCUAGCUAUUUUACCGCUAUGGUCAGAAAUUAAUCAGCAGGUAGAACUACGAAAUCUAAAGUGUUUUUCUUUAUACUGUGAAUCGAAAACCUAUAAUUACGAUGAAUUAAUCGUACCACUUCUACAUCGAAUGUUGAAUUUGGAAGAACUCGAUUUAUAUCUUCAAAUAAUCCGUUUUGAUAAAGGAUUUAUUGAUGGAAAUAAUAUGAAAAAGAAUAUUAUCAAUCGUAUGCCACGAUUAAACAAAUUUAUAUUUAAUAUACGUUCAAUUAUUCUUUCUCUUCAGAAACAAAUUAAUUUGCCAUCAAAUGAAGAUAUUCAACAAACAUUCAAGGAUUUUCAAGAGAAUCAAAUUAUUUCUUCUGUUGAUUAUUUUUCAGAGGAAGGAGAAGGUCAGUGUCAUGUAUAUUCAUAUCCAUAUACAAUGCAACAUUACCAUGGUAUUACAAAUAAUUUUUCUGGUGGAUUAUUCGAAUAUGUUUAUGAUGUAUCAUUAUUUGAUGAACGUCCUUUUCAACAUGAAUUUUUCCUUCGAAUUUCUCAGUCAUUUCCAUUUAUGAGAAGUUUAUCUUUAACUAAUAAUAAGCCACAAAAUGAUAAAUUAUGCCACAGAUUAAAUGACAACGACCACAAUUUGUCUGUUAUUAAAUAUCUUCAUCUUAAUGAACUUAUUCUUCAUACUGCUCAUGAUGAUUAUAUCGAACAAUUUCUAGUUGAUACUAAAACGUAUUUACAGAAUGAUAUUUAUCUUUCGAUAAAAUAUGAAUCUUUACAAAGAGUAACACGCAAUUUUAGUAGAAACACAACGCGAAUCAAUUGUGCCAAACUCAGUUACAUAGGUUUUAUUCGUAAACCAGAAUUUCUUCCAAAUUUAUCAAACUAUUUUCCUCAUGCAGAAAUACUUUGA